UUCUUUCACUAUUGAACUUGUUUGAAGAAGUUAAGAACUGACUCAUAAGUCUGAAAAGCAAUCRGAAAACACAAUGGCCUCAAACAACGAAAAAAAAAUUCGCAAGAAUGAGGAAAGAAUAGCAGAUUUGGAGGAACAGUUGAGGGUAUGUCUCAGGAAAAGAAAAAAACAUGAAGAUGAGAUCAAAGCUUUAAAAAAGAAAGUACAAGACCUGGAAGAGGAGAAUAAAGAGUUGGCCAAACAACUGCAAGAAAUAAAAGCAAGCAAAGAUCGAGAUGACAGUGUGCUCAUUCUUAUACGAAUUGGCAAAACCAUGGAGAGAAACAUGUGCAAGUAUGUCCUGGGAAAAUGCUUUGAAACCUGGCGUUUCUACAAGUUUAAAAAAAUUAACACCUACAUUGAAGAACUUGUUGCGCAACCGGCCGACCAAAUUUUGGCAAAACAACGGCUGACGGGGUUGAACCAAAAGAUUUCUUGGGACCAAAAUUUGGUGGAUAGUCUUAAAAACCUUAAUCAAACGAGAAUCGGCAUUGCUCAUCCCGAGCUAAGCAGUGAAAAGAUCCAAAAAGCUACAGAGGUUUUGAGAGAGAUAGGAGAGUUGGACGACGAGUUGGUAGUCAWAUUAAACAMACUGAAAGGACAAUGGRAAACCUCCGAAGAAAUGUUAAAGAAAGUCAAAGAGGGUCGAGAUCCAGGUGGUUCAAAGGUUGCGCCUGCCACAGGACGAAAGCGUGGUGCGUAUUCAAGGACGGCCGCUUGUGGAAUUGAGAGUCUUUCUUCUACUAAGAGGGCUAAAAGGAUUCGGUGAAUUCCUUUUUCAUUCUUGGAUCUAUUUGCUAUUUGUUUCCAAUGUUCUCGUUGGUAAAAACGUCUCCAACGUUCUUGACAAUAUUAUGUAAUAUAAAAUAGAUAAUUGCUGAUGCAUUAAAGAAUCCUAGUCAACUACGAUGCACUGCGCGCCGGAAACAAUGCAAUGCUAUGCAAAGCGGCAUUUUCUCAGUCACUUUAUGCUUUCCGUGAAUUUUGGCAACGAAGAUAGAUUUAAAAGUUGUGAUGUCUAACAGUUGGACGACCGAAAAAUCAUAAUGUCAGAAAGAUAAUCUCUCUGAAAAUUUGAACUUACUUGUUGUAGAACGAAAGGAAGAAAACUUUGGGAACUUGAAAACUUUCGCAUAAUGAAUUUGCAGAAAUGUUGCUCCCCCAGAGCUUUGAAAAGCUUCGAUAACGAUAAUAAUAUAGGCGCGCAGUGUAUCGUGGUUGACUAGGAUUUUUUAAGUAUCAUGUGUCAGUUUACGAUUCCUUGUAUUUACACAUUGUAGCUGUUUGCAUUGCUUGUAGUAUACGUUAUUGAUCUUACGUCGUUUAUAAGAAGAAUUCAUAAUGAUAAGUCGGUCAGGGAGCCGAAAAACGAAAGCACGUAUUGAAGAAAGUUUAGAAGAGUUACUCAGGCCAGCAGCAAUCAUUCUUGUCAGAGGAUGGACCUCUUUAGCGAAAAAAUUAGAUGCUCAGAAACAGUGCGUCGAAAAAUCCGGAUGAGGGACGAUCUCGCGAAAUUAUACAAAAUUUUAAUGUAUGUAAUAUAUUUUAAUACAUUUUAAGGACGGAUUCAGAAUUUUGGCUACCGGGGAUCUUGAACCGCCAAUCAGUAUGAGUCUUUUUGCAAAAGAUGCAAAAACGUUUUAGUAAUUGGAGGGUUUCUAGUUGUCAUUUGGUGGUGGUGGGCUUUUUAAAUUUUAAAUACAAUUUUCUAUUGUUUUGUA